AUGGACUAUACUUCACCUCAGUCUGCCGAUGACGCGGUACGCAUGUCCGCCAAGCGGACCGCCGAACUCUUCGGUGCUGAGUACUUGAUGGUUACUCCUUCGACUCUUACAGAUGGCUCAAUCGGUGUUUCUUACCGACGGAAAGCUGAAUAUGAGGAUAUCACCGAACUCCCACGAGCGCUCGCAGAGAAGCAGGCAAAGGCCGCAGCUGGCCGCACAAAACGCCCAAAGAUUCAAGCGCAGAAGCUCGCAGAUGGCAGUGGCCAGUCUAUGUCACUUGUGAGGCGGCCAUCAGGCACGGGAGCAGGAGCUGCUGCUGCUGCCGGAGAGCAACCGACGAGUUUGAUUCAGAGACCUUCCGCCACCCAACAACAGCGUCCCGAUUGGCAUGCGCCCUGGAAAUUGAUGCGCGUCAUUUCAGGUCACCUGGGAUGGGUGAGAGCUUUGGCAGUGGAACCCAACAACCAGUGGUUUGCUAGUGGAGCAGGAGACAGGACUAUUAAGAUUUGGAAUCUGGCAACAGGCGCCUUGCGUCUGACUCUCACUGGUCACAUUUCCACUGUUCGUGGGCUAGCAGUAUCACCCCGGCAUCCGUACCUUUUCUCGUGCGGCGAAGAUAAGAUGGUCAAAUGUUGGGAUUUGGAGACGAACAAGGUCAUUCGACACUACCACGGUCAUCUCAGCGGUGUUUACACACUCGCCCUCCACCCUCGUCUCGAUCUGUUAGUCACAGGUGGUCGUGAUGGCGUUUGCCGAGUCUGGGAUAUGCGGACACGAAGCAACGUUCACGUCCUCAGCGGACAUAAGGGAACUGUUGCGGACAUCAAGUGCCAAGAGGCCGACCCUCAAAUCAUCUCUGGCUCGCUCGAUUCUACAGUCCGGUUAUGGGAUUUGGCCGCUGGCAAGAGCAUGGGCGUCCUGACACACCACAAGAAGGGCGUUCGCAAUCUUGCAAUCCACCCUACUGAGUUCACAUUUGCCAGUGCCAGCACUGGCAGUAUCAAGCAAUGGAUGUGUCCCAAGGGUGACUUCAUGCAAAACUUCGACGGUCAUAACUCUGUCAUCAAUUCUCUCGCUGUCAACGACGAGAAUGUUCUCUUCUCUGGUGGCGACAAUGGAUCCAUGUCGUUCUGGGACUGGAAGACUGGCCACCGCUUCCAGUCUAUCGAGACGACUGCACAGCCCGGCUCCCUCGAGGCCGAGGCCGGAAUCAUGACCUCUACAUUUGAUCGCACUGGUCUGCGUCUCAUCACAGGUGAGGCUGAUAAAACCAUCAAGGUCUGGAAGCAGGAUGAAGACGCCACACCUGAGACUCAUCCUCUUACUUGGGCCCCGACUCUCGGUAGACAGCGGUACUAG